AUGCUUUCUUAUCCUCUAGACCUGUCAUCUAUUGGCACUACAUUCCGCUGGCUGGAUGAUCUUCUCAGUUAUUCCCCCGUCACCUUAGAUGAGUUCAAGGUAGUGGUCAAUCGUCUUCCCAAAGGCAAGGUCACCGAUCUGGAUGGAGUUCCGAACGAGAUGCUGUCAACCAUCUCACCCGGACUCUAG